GGGUACGGCCUGGGCAGUCUUUUCCCGGCCGCGACGGAAUCAGGUUGCGAUAACGGUUGUCUUUUGAGGUCAGUGCAGUGUGCAGAGUGCAUUAGGGCAAGAUGUGUGACGACGAUGCUGGGGCACUGGUUGUUGACAAUGGAUCCGGAAUGUGCAAGGCCGGAUUCGCGGGUGACGAUGCCCCGCGUGCCGUCUUCCCGUCCAUCGUUGGUCGCCCACGCCACCAGGGUGUGAUGGUUGGUAUGGGCCAGAAAGACUCGUACGUUGGUGAUGAAGCUCAAUCGAAGCGUGGUAUCCUGACCCUGAAGUACCCGAUCGAGCAUGGAAUCAUUACCAACUGGGAUGAUAUGGAGAAGAUCUGGCAUCACACCUUCUACAAUGAACUCCGCGUUGCUCCGGAAGAACACCCAGUCCUGCUGACUGAGGCCCCCCUGAACCCCAAGGCCAACCGUGAGAAGAUGUCGCAGAUCAUGUUUGAGACCUUCAACACUCCAGCGAUGUAUGUCGCCAUCCAGGCUGUCCUGUCUCUGUACGCUUCCGGUCGUACCACCGGUCUUGUGUCCGACUCUGGAGAUGGUGUCUCGCACGUUGUCCCAAUCUUCGAGGGUUACGCUUUGUCCCAUGCCAUCCUUCGUCUGGAUCUGGCUGGUCGCGAUCUGACUGACUACUUGAUGAAGAUUAUGACUGAGCGCGGUUACUCCUUCACGACCUCCGCUGAGCGUGAAAUCGUUCGCGAUAUUAAGGAAAAGCUGUGCUACGUCGCUCUGGACUACGCCCAGGAGUCGUUGACGGCUGCUGCUUCUUCCUCCCUGGAGAAGUCUUAUGAACUUCCCGACGGACAGGUCAUCACCAUUGGAGCCGAACGUUUCCGAUGCCCAGAAGCCCUGUUCCAGCCUUCCUUCUUGGGAAUGGAAAUCAGUGGUGUUCACGAGACUGUCUACAACGCUAUCAUGAAGUGCGACGUGGACAUCCGCAAGGAUCUGUACGCCAACACUGUCCUGUCCGGUGGUACCACCAUGUAUCCAGGUAUUGCCGAUCGUUUCCAGAAGGAAAUCACCGCCCUGGCUCCGUCCACGAUCAAGAUCAAGAUCAUCGCUCCACCGGAGCGCAAGUACUCCGUCUGGAUUGGCGGAUCCAUCCUGGCCUCGCUUUCCACCUUCCAGUCCAUGUGGAUCUCCAAGCAGGAAUACGAUGAAUCCGGCCCGUCCAUCGUGCAUCGCAAGUGCUUCUAAGGUGCUUAUUUUUGUUGUUAGCGCUUCCCAGGGAUAUUUUAUGCAUUAAGUUAUUAUUGUUCCAUACUAUUUUACGAAAAUAUACACAUUUUAAAAAAAGA